AUGCACACCUCCGAAUUGCACGCCAUCAACACCAUCCUCGAUUUAUCCGAAAUCAUUCCCUCAUCAUCGCCCCAAUAUAAAUCUGAAUCCCAGACAUGGCAAGCCCAUCGAAACUUGCAUCCUAAAAUCCUCGCCGCGCCUCAAUCUUUGAAGACUCUUUCUGCCCUUGUUGCUUUUCUCGCUGCCUCGGAUCUGGAUUGGACGGCCAGAUGUCAAGGAAUAGGCGAUGCGAGUGCAAAGGAUGUGUUGGUGAGUUUGUCUGGUUUCAAAGACUUUGCUUUCGAUGAGAGCAGCGAGAGUAUUGUUGUUGGAGCGGGAUGCAGUUGGGGUGAGGUGGAGAUCAACUUGGAGGAGAAGGCGUCUGGAUAUCAAGGUAUGACUCCUCUUGAGCCUCAUCCGCUCCUUCAAAUGGUUAUGCUGAAAUAUGUUUGCAUCUANGCCGUGAGUGCGCGUUGCAGUUUUGUCGGCGUAGGUGGCAUGGUUCUCCACGGCGGCCUGUCUUGGAUCUCGUCAACGUAUGGUCUCGCGUCCGACCCUCAGAACUUUCUCGACGCUCAAGUCGUUAAGCUGGAUGGAACUGUCGUCUGGGCCUCUGAAGAACCAGACUUGCUUUUCGCCCUUCGCGGCGGCGGCCGCGAAGUCGCCGUCGUGACUGCUUUCAAGUUGAAAGUGUAUAGGUACUCGCCAGAUAUCUAUAGCGGGAGUGUGCAUUAUCCGCGCUCUGCGUUGAGGGAAGUCGCAAAGGGAAUUGAGGGAUUUGCAAAGAGGAUGGAGGAGUGGCCUGGUACGGCAAUGUAUCUGUACAACCUGGACUUGAUGGAAGGAUCUUUCAUCGGUGCAGCUGCACAACCAGGCAUAGCAAUCUGGCUAUUCGAUCCGGAAGGCGAGGAACAUGGACGACAAAUCUUUGAUUGGGCUUUCAAGAUCGAAGGCGCUAUCGACAAGACCAAAAUCAUGAGCCUGCGGGAGAUAAACCUUUACGGCGGUAAAGUUGCAUGUCCUUUCCUGAGAUGCAGGAUAUCAUGGCUUAUACAGAACAACCCCNNAGACAGUGUACUAGCAGCCAAGGGAGUCUGCUCGGCUUCAAUGUCGAACAUCACCAUUGCCUCACCCGCCAUGACAGAGUCACUAAUCCUCCGUGCCUGGGACUGGCUCGAAACCACAAUCGCCCUUGACCCCUCCAAACUCCACGUCGGCACUUUUGUCCUCCUCGAACUCUUCCAGAAACCCGUCUUUAGAUCUGCUGAUGGCAGUGAUCAGUGUGCUUGGCCACACACCACCAAUCAGCAUCUACUGCAACUGGGUGUGGGCAGAAUGGACGAAGGUGACUACCCUACUCAACUGGAUACGGACGCUAUGAUUAUGCUCAAAAAUGCUGGAAAGUUGAUUGUAGGAGAGAGCUUUUCCCCGGCGGACUACUUUAUCAACUUUCUGCAGCCGUGGAAUGAUCGGAGAGCGGUNUUUGGUGACAACUAUGACAAGCUUCAAGCGAUUAAGAGAAAGUACGACCCAAGAGGCGUCUUGGUUAGGGAGAACGAAUGA